CCCCUACCUCACUCAACCUCGAAAACCCUAAAGCUCAGAAUUGCUCAAAGCUUCACCAAUGGCGUCCGUCCACUCUCUCUUCCUCCAUCCACCUCUCGUCUCCUUCACACGACCCAGUGGCUGCUCUCUCUACUCCAAACCCCGAAAUCCCCGUUUUACCCUCGCCUGCUCUUCUUCUUCUUCUUCUUCUUCUCGGAAAUCGGCUCCGGCCACCGAGCAGGAGGUCCUCCAGGCGAUUUCCGAGUCCUCCGAGAAGAGCCUGCCGUGCGUGAGAACGUACGAGAACGAAUUGGCGCGGCUGGGACUAGUCGGAGCCGUGGAUUUUCAGCAGGCUCUGACGGCGGCCGCCGCCGACGGAGGAGAGGCCGCCGACGAGCACAUUAGGGAGGGCGUGCCCGCUAUGGUUGUGGAGACUUUGUUCCCGGGUAACUCCGACCCGUACAGUACAAUCUCGACCCGGCUGUUUCUUCCUGCUAGAAAAGUUAAAGAAAAAGCUGGUAAAUUGAGAAGCUCCAUCACUGAAGAUAUGCUGUCAACCACUACUUCUAGAAACAUACUUUCUAUGACGUUUAGACAAGUAGUGUUAGAACUACUCUGGAGCUUUCAACUAGUUGUUUUCAGACCUGGAACUCAAAGGAAUAUGAAGGAUCUUGAGAACCCCAGAGAGCAGGUCCCUGGAUGUGUCACCCUUAGUUCAUCAGACGAACGGAUUUUAUCUGUGCUCGCAGAAGUUGUCUGCAUCUCUGCUCUUCAAAAUACAGAAAAACAAUUUCUUGAAGAUUACACGGGCAAAACACCAAGUAAUUUCCUUCAUUGGUUUCGAAAGCCUGGAAGGACUGUAUCAAAAGAUUCCUCAGUUGUCAUAUACAAAUUAUUUGAAGAUGAGAUAGUUGAAAAUGCCAAGAGUCUGCUCGAACAUUUUCAUUCCACAAAGAACAGUUUUAAGUCUGUAAAAGCAAAAUCAAAGUGGUGGACACCAUCUGCACUCUCUAAACUGGAAAAGAUUGGUGGUCUGGAAUUUAGUUCUUGGACUAGUGAGUAUGUUCCAGCUUACAAGCUACAAAUUGAUGCUAAUCGGCUUAAGGAUGUGAAAUUUGAAGGCUGGAGAAAAUGUGGAGAAAAUAGUUGGGAAGUUCUUUUGACACACUCCCAGAUGGUUGGAUUGGCUGAUAUAAUAGAUAUGUACUAUGAAGAUCUUUACACCCUGCCUGAUAAAGAACUAUCUUGUGGUGUCAUUGCAAGUUCCACCAACUUAUCUAAUAAAAAGACAGGCUCGUUCUUAUUAAAAUUGCUAUCUGUCUCCCUUGCAAGUGGAAUUCUUCUCGUUGCAAUCAGUGCUCUUGGUCAAUUUGGUUUACCUUAUCUACAUAAAGGUGGCAAGUACUUGAGAGAACACAGGUCUAUUCCAUCGUCUGAAGUUGAUAGUGCACUAAAUCAGUGUUCAGAUGCCGUGAAGUUGGAAGCAUUUUGCGAAUCAGUUGUUAAAAAGAUAAAAGAUUCUCUGGGUUGGCCUGGUGAGAUAACGUUGGAAACAAAUGUGGGUGCUUGGACUGGCAAAGUACCAGAUUAUUUGAGGAUGGCUGUUGGCGAAGACAUGCCAAUCUCUUCCCCUUUAGAUAAAAUUGAUGAAGACUUGAAAGCGUCGGCACAAGAUAUUGCUAGUUAUCAGGUGGUUCUGUCAGCAGAUGGAAAGAUAGUGGGAUUCCAACCUCUAAGCAGGGCUGCUGUUAACCAUUGGGCUGCCAAUCCCUUAUCGAAGGAGUUAUAUGGAGGAAGAAAGCUUUCUCCUGGGUUGAUGGAACCUGGUCUCAAGGUCCAGUGCCCAGAUGAGGUCGCUGUCAUAGAGUUGUUGAUGUCAGUAAAACCAGAUGCAUCAUUUGCGUUGGCCCGGCCAGUUCGAUAAUCAUUUGCCUGUUAAUUGCAUACGAGGAUGAGAAUGCACAUCUUGGUAAUGACAGUGCCACCAUUUAUUUGUGCAUAGGAGGAUGAGAAUGCACAUCUUGCUGAUGACAAUGAAAAGGAUAUGAUGAUAUUCACAAAUAGGAUAAGAAGCUGGUGCUGAGAUGUGUUGAGAGGAAUUGCUAAUUUCACUUUCAGUUGAGUCUCAACUUGAAAUCAAAUGGUUUGUUUUUGCUGGAAGAAAGUAAAGAGUGCCUUGUACAUAGGAAUUCAGUUAGAUGAGAUACUUCAUCACAUGAUUGAGAUCUGCAAAGUCCCCAAGUUUAGUAACUCUUCUCUUCCUUCAGCUGCAGAUAUGUGACAAAUUCUUUGCCUCCCAUCACCAAGUACUAGUUAAUCGCCUAAUUUGGGUCAAUGGUCAUAGUGAAAAUGACUCUUUAUUCCUUAAUUUGGUUUUGGCAAUCUGAUUGUAAUGAAUGCUUUUGAAAUAUCUAUUGCAACUCUGCCUUACCAUCA